AUUAUAUGGGGGUGGGGACUUCAAAAAAUCAAGUUUGUGAAUUAUGUGCUUCUCCAAAAUUUGCUUUCUGCAUUCACUUUCAUUAUGUAUAAGUUCAAUUUGAUCCUCUUUUUCUUUGGAUGUUGCAGUUACCAUUGGAUAAAACGUAAAGGAAAACCCGCUCCAAGGGAGACUGCUCCUAUUGUUGUAUCUAAUCAUGUAUCAUAUAUUGAACCUAUCUUCUUUUUCUAUGAAUUGUUUCCCACCAUUGUUGCGGCUGAAUCCCAUGAUUCCAUACCUUUUGUUGGAACCAUAAUCAGAGCAAUGCAGGUUAUUUAUGUUAAUAGGUUCUCAUCAUCAUCAAGGAAGCAUGCUGUUAGUGAAAUAAAGAGAAAGGCUUCUUCCAAUAGAUUUCCUCGUUUGCUUUUAUUUCCCGAGGGAACAACAACAAAUGGAAGACUUCUCAUUUCUUUCCAACUUGGUGCAUUUAUCCCUGGAUAUCCUGUCCAGCCAGUGAUUGUUCGCUAUCCCCAUGUACACUUCGACCAAUCCUGGGGAAAUGUUACUUUGGCGAUGCUCAUGUUUAGAAUGUUUACGCAGUUUCACAAUUUCAUGGAGGUGGAGUAUCUUCCUGUUGUUUCACCCCUUGAAAAUCAAAAAGAAAAUGCUGUCCAUUUUGCUAAAAGGUCUAGUGUUAUGAGAAAUUUUCUUGUCGGUCGAAAAAAAUGGGGAUACGUUUCUGGUUCUAUUCCUCGUCCAUCGGAUCCCAAACAAAAAGACUAUCUGAGUUCCUGUGACACUUGGGAUUGUGAUAAUGCUCAAGUUUUGGCCUGGUUCCAUAACUUCGUAGAUGACCGUAUCGGGAUGAUGUUCUCUAAAUAUAGCACUGCCAAAAAGGUGUAG